AUGCCUACCCCCGAAUCCGAGUCGUUCAAAGCCGCAAAACCCACCGUGCCGCCCACCUUCGAUGGCGUGGACUACAGCGACAACAAGGCCCUCAAGGCGGCGCAAGACUCCAUCAUCCGCGAGCAGUGGGUGCAGAGCAUGAUGGCGCGAUUGAUCCGGGAGGAGAUGGGCAAGUGCUAUCGCAAGGAGGGCGUGAAUCAUUUGGAGAAGUGUGCGCAUCUGAGAGAACGGUAUAUGGAGCAACUGAAGCACGCCAAGGUCCGAGGAUACCUGUUUGAGCAGCAAAACUACGUCGCGAACCAAUGA